CCUAUUGAAACCCACUCCUCAAAGCUCUCCCUCUCUCUGUCUCUCUCUCUCUAUCCUCUUAAGCUUUUGAGUGUUGUGGUGGGUCAUUUCAGGAUAUUUCCAUUACGAUUACUUCCUUUCUUUCUUGAUUUUCUUGAGAGGAAAAGAAAAGAAAAAAAAAAAUUUAAAAAGAAGACAUACACAUAUAUGGAGGUAGAGAAGGAAAUGAGGGUAUCAAAAUUCAAAAGAAUCUGUGUCUUUUGUGGCAGCAGUCCUGGAAAGAAAACUAGCUAUAAAGAUGCUGCUAUUGAACUUGGAAAAGAAUUGGUUGCAAGAAAUAUUGAUCUUGUUUAUGGAGGAGGGAGUAUAGGUUUGAUGGGACUAAUCUCUCAAGCUGUUUAUGAAGGGGGUCGCCAUGUGAUAGGAGUUAUCCCAAAGACACUCAUGCCUAGAGAGAUAACUGGAGAAACAGUAGGGGAAGUGAAAGCAGUUGCUGAUAUGCACCAAAGAAAGGCAGAGAUGGCUAGACAAUCUGAUGCCUUUAUUGCCUUACCUGGUGGUUAUGGGACACUUGAGGAGCUGCUUGAAGUCAUAACUUGGGCCCAACUUGGCAUCCAUGACAAACCGGUGGGAUUGCUUAAUGUGGAUGGAUAUUACAACACAUUGUUGUCAUUUAUUGACAAAGCAGUAGAGGAAGGCUUCAUUAAUCCUACUGCACGCCAUAUCAUAGUCUCUGCUCCUACCCCUAAAGAGUUAGUCAAGAAAAUGGAGGAGUAUUUUCCGAGGCAUGAAAUAGUUGCCCCAAAGCUCAACUGGGAGAAUGAACAAUUAGGGUAUUCUCCAAAAUAUGAAAUUUCAAGGUGAAGAAGAGCUUGGAAAAGAGAGAAACACAAUUUGGCAAUCAGAAUGCACUAAUUUUUAGAUGACCAAAAUGCUCCCAAAGUGGGAUUCUUGUUUUUUUUUUUAAAUCCCCUUUUAUCCUCCUUCUUCCUUUUUUCUUUUUCCCUUCUUGUUCUGUAAACUAGACAAUAUUGACAUCGAAAUUGGAAGCUUGACUAUCUGUUUCAAUGAGCAAUUUGGUGUUUCUAGUUCUUCA